GAGAAGCAUAAAGAUUGGGAUUGGUUUAUUAAUCUAAGUGCUUCUGAUUAUCCCCUAGUGACUCAAGAUGAUCUUCUCUACACAUUUUCCGAUUUGAAAAGAGACUUGAAUUUCAUUGAGCACACAAGUGAGCUAGGUUGGAAAGAGACAGGAAGGGCAAUGCCACUUAUUAUAGACCCUGGGCUGUAUAAAACCACAAAGUCUGAUAUAUUUUGGGUCACACCAAGAAGAAGUGUUCCCACUGCCUUUAAACUCUUUACUGGUUCAGCUUGGAUGAUCCUUUCACGUGCAUUUGUGGAAUACUGCAUAUGGGGAUGGGAUAAUCUUCCUAGGAACCUACUUCUAUAUUAUUCAAAUUUUGUGUCCUCUCCAGAAGGCUACUUUCAGACAGUUGUAUGCAAUGCACAAGAAUUCUCUUCAACUGUUAUUAACCAUGAUUUGCACUAUAUUUCUUGGGAUGUCCCUCCAAAACAACAUCCACAUACUCUUUCCCUAAAUGACACUGCAAAAAUGGUUGCAAGUGGCGCGGCGUUUGCGCGCAAGUUCAUGAACGAUGAUCCUGUUUUAGACAAGAUUGAUAUGGAAUUACUUAACAGGAGUAAUGAUAGUUUCACACCUGGUGGUUGGUGUGCUGGAAAUCCUCCUUGUUCUAAAGUUGGAAAUCCAACAAAACUUAGACCAGGUCCAGGGGCUCAAAGGCUUAGGAGACUUAUUGGUAGACUAGUUUUGUCAGCUAAAUUUAGUCAAAACCAGUGUAAUUAG